AUUUGCUGUGGGAAUAAUGCUAUCCAAAAGCCAGCUAUCACCAGCUGCUACUUGACAUCACUGAGAUUUGAGUUUGGGUGAAGAUGCGGUUACAUAUUGCUGCGAGAGGGACGAAAAUGACACGUCAGAUGCUGAAAUGAGUCUUUAUUUUUCUUUCUCUGAGCUGUUGAUUGACCUGGUGAUAAUAAUAGGUGGAUGAUGGAUGAAAUUUUGCGCAGUACCCAUACCCGGCAUGCUUGCUGUAAUUUUUUUCUCUCUCCAUGACUAAGUAACGGCAACACAUUACAUCAAAUUAGAGGGCCCACUCUGAAGAACGGGAGAAUGAAAGUAACGGCUUCCGGUGAAACACAAAACGAUGGAGCUACAUAGAGGAGAACACGGGCAGACUUGAGAUUUUCAGGGGAAAGAAGGCGGCAUAUUUGGACCCCAGCAAGCCUCACCCAGCAAGGGAAAGAAAGGACACAGUUCCGCUUGCGGAAGGGAGACGGAUCAGAAGCAGACAGGCUUGAGGUUGCCGGAAGAGAUCCUUUGAUCGAAAGUGUCAAAUGAAAAAUAAAGGAAAUUUUAGAAACAGUUGUGAGAGAGGCCAGCCGGGGAGCUGCGGGGGUAGAAACGGCCACAAGUAGUCUGUAGAGAGAUCAUAUCAUCAGUUCCAGACGACACUACACCAGACCGGAUACACACUUGCGGCCGAAGACAGAGUAGAGAUCAAUGCAGCAACAGCAAGAUCCACGCCUGCCGAGAUCGAGUGGCAGAUACAACCAAACUCAAAGCAGCCCGUGAGGCGAAUCUAUAAGGAUCAGAUGAAGCAGUCUCAGGAAAAAACACCAGCACCAGGGAAAGGAGAAACAGAAGAUCAACAAACCUCUGGAUUUCUAUAGAGGAUGAAAGUGCGAAUUUGGAUUGUUUAUGUAUUCCUGCUGUUAACAAUAUAUCUACUUUCCCCAGGAUUGAGAAAAUGCAUGUCCUGUCCAGUAGGUGAACACUUUUUAUUUUAUAACUGGAGCAUUCCCGAGUUGGAUUAAACCUUAGACCUGGUUUCUUCUUAAAACACAUCUUAUGCGUAUAAUAUGUAAGAAAAUUUCGUUGUAUUAAAAUUAACGAAGGUUUGAAUAGUGCAAAUGAACCCAGCUUGCACGCUGAGAAGGAUAAAAAAAACAUUACUAUUUUUCUACCGGCUGAUGUUCAGGCUUUGAGUAAUCAUAAACGGAACGACUGGUACAUUCGAUGCUUGAGAACUUUUCGUUGGAAACUUUUUCAUUAGUCGACACAUUAACGCGUGGAUUUAAAAAGGUCUCUUCCAUGGAGACCCUGGAUCCGGCGGCUAGCCGGGUGGUCCCAGUACUCAGGCUGGUUAAGGACAACGAGUUGCUGUGGAGGAAGUUCCAUUCAGUGGGCACCGAGAUGGUAGUGACAGGCAGAGGAAGAUGUUUGUUCCCAUCUAUUGUGGUCACUCUGCAUGGGUUGGACCCAGAAAGGUCAUACACACUCAUGGUGGACAUGGAGUCGAUUAGUGAUCAGCGCUAUACCUACAUGCAAGAACAAGGCUGGUGUCCGUCUGCUCCAGCCCCACAGCAGCAAUCGAGUGGCGUAUAUAUCCAUGCAGAUACACCAGCCCUUGGAGCUGAGCUGAAUGAGAAAGCUGUAUCUUUCAAAAUGCUCAAAAUCUGCACAGCAAAUGGAAUUGGAAAGAAAGGCAUGAUUCCUUUGACCCGGAUGCACAAAUACAGGCCCCGAAUUCAUUUAAUUCAGAAUGCUGAGGAGCUCAAAUCUAAGCAUUGUUCAUGGACAUACUGCUUUCCAGAAACAGAGUUUAUAGCUGUGGGUCAUUACCACAGCAAAAAGAUGAAGAAGAUGAAGAUAGAGUACAACCCUUAUGCCAAAGGUGCUCUACCACGCAGCAGAAGACAGAAAACACCUCAAAGUGUGAUAGUUGAAGGUGUUGACUGCGAGAAUAGACGCAGCUCCUCCAUCAUGUUGGCCUGCCUUCAGCGAACACAGAACCCACCUUCGCAACAUUUAUCAUGUCCCAGUAAAACACUGGAAUCUAUGAAAUGUGAGUCAGUCGCACCUACGCUUUCUCCAAGAUAUCCUAGUCCAGCUGAACUUGAUGCUUAUGCCCAGAAGGUGGCUAACAGCCCACUAACAAUCAAGAUCUUUCCUACAAAUAUCAGGGUUCCUCAGCAUAAACACCUUAACAGGACUGUAAAUGGCUAUGAUACAACAGGUCAACGAUACAGUCCAUACCCUACACAGUCUGGAGGAUAUCAGGGUCUUUUAGCAAUUGUGAAGGUGCACAGUAAAAGUGUGGUGAAAAGUACAGAUGGCAAGAGGACACGAAUGUCGCCAGCACAAGUUGGAAAUGGCAACAUCGGACCCUACCCGGUGCCAAGCACUUUAGCGCAGAGUCAAUCGUGUACUGGGCAAACAAGUUACCACAAUGGCCAGAAAUCUUUGGAAGGACCUGCUCCACCUAAUGUAACGGUUGCCACAUCAGUUAUUCCAGUAGGAGGACGUAGCUUGGCUCUACAGCAGUCAAAUCUCCCUUCAAUUCAAAGUAUCAUCUACCAGAUCAACCAGCAAUGCCAGGCUCAGGCAUCGCAACAAGCUUCAACUGCAGUCUGUCAAGGGUCUCUUGUCACCAAUCCAAGUCCAAUCACAGUAGCUAGCCGCAAUACAGUCAAUGGCUUUACCAGCAUGGUUAAUGGAAGUGUGAUGUAUGCUGGAAAUGUUGUGUCUGAAUGCCGUGGAGGAGCAGAGUUGACAGCUGCUUCAAGUUUAGCCUCUGCAGCAGGUCCUAAACCUGCAGCCUAUGCAGAUGGGAUGGAUUAUUUACUAUGGCAACAGAAACAACAAAUCCGUAUAUAUUCUGGCAGUGGUGGUGGGGGAAUAAUAAGUAAAUCACCAGAGGUUUGUGGUGUCCCACGACCAUAUACUUUGGCACCUACUAUUGAAAAAGUCCCUUCAUCUCCCUUGAACUGUGUGGGCAUGCACUGCAAUUUUUCAACGGGGCAGUAUUUGGCUGCCCCAUGGAACAGCGUACUCGUGACACCAGACAGUGACUGUUAUAACCCACAGGACCUCACAAAUGGCCAUCGUGACCUUGUUCAUCCUUCAGAUGGGCUCACCAGUGUCUCAAGUAGAACGCUGUGUAAUACCUCUAUCCUCAGCAGUAGUCUGCAGUCACUGGAAUAUUUGAUCAAUGACAUUCACCCUCCCUGCAUUAAAGAGCAAAUGUUGGGUAAAGGAUAUGAGACUGUGUCAGUACCUCGAUUAUUGGACCACCAAAAUGCUCACAUUCGACUACCUGUUUACAGAUAGAGAAUUGCAGUUUGGAAAAAAAUAGAAUGAUAGUGUUAAAUCUUUUAUAGAUAUACACAAGCCUCCAGCCUCAAUACAGCAAUCAAAGGCAAAUGGAAGUCGAGUGUUUAAACUGUUCCAGGGAUGACAAGAUGGUGAAAUGAGUUUGGUUUGGACAAAAGUAUCAAAUCUACUGAUGUUGACAAUGUAAGGGAUGGCUUUUUUAAAAAAUUACAAUAAAAUGGGGAUUGGGGAUUAGCAUUGGACAUCAUAGGGUAAGAUGCUAUAAGAAAUGUGCAGAAAGCUUUGCCAUGUGUGCUGAUGAGUCUGCAUGCAGAAAAAUUUAAAUUUCGAAUCCUGUGCUGAAUUCUGUGACCAUGUAGUCCCAGGAUCCUCGCCAUGGUUGCUUCAUCAUUGUCAUCUUCAAUUUGCUGUGGUUUCAAAAGAUGAGCUACUGCCUAAAUCCUAGUGGAGAGUCGUUAUUGCACUGUAUUGGAAAAAAGAUAAAUAUGGGGACUGACCAGAAAAUAUAAAAGAAAAUAACUUGGAAAACUUGAACCUAAUUCUUUAAUUCUUAUUUGCAAUUUUAAUUGUGUUGGCUGCUACAACAAAUAACUUAUACUUUUAAGUUUUAAAAAAUAUUAAGAUAAUUUCACUUUAGGAAUUGCUAGUUUUAAAGGGUUUUUGUAAUGAAAUAUAUACCCACAUUGUGCUAAAAUAGCAUUACAAGCUGUGAGAAGUUAUAAAGGUUGACUGUCUUGAUAAAUGCACUCAAGAAGAAUGUGCUACACAUUUAUUGAUAUUUCCAUAGGAUGAGGAAACCUUUGUGUGUGUGUGUGUGUGUGUGCGCGCGCGCGCGCACAUACUGGCCCGUUUUGUUUUAUAUUGCUAUGUUGGAGGGGGUGGAAAAGAAAGUCCUUGUGUGCAUUGCAGAAUAUCCUGAUAUGGAGAGCUGCUUUACUGAGAAACUGUAAUAUUUUUCAACUGUACAAUUAUACAGGCCAUACCAGAUUACUGCAAGUAGCCAAGCUGGCACCGAUACAAAGCCUACAUUGAUAUUUGUUGUGGACCUCACUAUGAACCACAAGGUAGUGUUUUAUCUUGCUUCUCCCACUUUCCCAUCAAAUAUAAAAUAACUUUUGCUGCUUCUGAUACUUUCUAAUAUUAUUAUUCAAUUAGCUAUUAAGUGCUGCAUGAUCCGGAUUCCGGUGACUCAGAGGGCCAUUGAUACUUUGAAAAGUAUGUUCUCCCUCCCCACACUCCUUAAAUUUGCUACUAGCCACCACUCAGCAGCUACCUUAAAACCACAGUAAAAGAAAUCUUAACACUGCAUCUUGUGUUUGAGUUAAUAAUUUUGGCUUUUCUAAUCAAAUUACCACAAUUUACAUGUUCUUAAUUCCAAACAUCAAUUUUUAAUUUCAUGGAGUUGUCAUAAAGCAAGUUUUCGCUUAACCAAGACAAGUUGCCUAGAUAAAUUAGUCAAAAUUAUUUUAACAGAUUUGUAUUUUAAUCCAAGAAUAUUGAAGCGUUGUAGUAAGCUGUAGCUUGCAGUUUCCGCAUAUAUUGCCAAAAAAUACACUUCCUUUUAAUUGUUCAAUAUCUUACAAGCUGUAAGUAUUUAGAUCACCACUACAAUUGCAUAACCUUUUAUUUUCUAUACUAUUUAAUGUCUGGCAAGAUAAUUUGGAUGAUUAAAGAUAAAAGUUAAUUGUUACACAUUAAUUCAUGCAGGAUUAAAAAUCUUCCAAUUGAAUUUUUUCAAAAAAACUCUUGGUUUGUUCUCUAUGUUGGGUACGAAGCAUCUUAUGAUGGAAGAAAUGUCAACCCUCUAACAUGUGGAAUUACCAGGUGUCCAGAAUCUAUGAAGAACUAUUACAAUUUGAUGUCACUUUGCUGCUCAGUUGGGACAACAGGCUUUGGCAUUCAUUCCAGUCUUUUUAUUUCCCUUUCUUCCCACCCACCCUCCUCCUUUAUCUCCCCUCCUUCCCCAUCUGAUAAAAUUAAUAUUAUGAUUAUUAUCAACAUUUUCACACUAUUUUACGGCUUUAACCCAGAGAAUGAGGAACAGGAGGCUGCAGAUUUAUUUAUAUCUGUUUUGUUAAUAAACAACAGAAGGGCAGAUAAAAGAUAGUUGGAUGGUUGUAUUCUUUCCUUUUUCCAAUUUUACAUCCUCUACCACCACCCCUCAACAACUGGAGGCCAUGUUCUUGUGGACAAGUAUAAACUUCUACUUGAUUCAGUCAAAAUGUCUAUUGCCUCAGUCCUGUUUUGGGUGCUGCUAUUUCACAACUUCUUGAAAUGAAAGAUAGAUAUGAUCAGCAUUUGUAAGGAGAAAAUUCAAGAUUCAGUAUAAAUAUUUCAUGAGACCCACGUAAUUACCUUUUUUUUGUUCAAUAUUGAUGCACCUGUUGUAGAUUUCCAACAAAUUCUGCUUGUGUAGUAACAUCCAAAAUGUCUCAUGUUUCAUGAAAUUUACACCUCUUUUUGUAUUCUUUCUACAUGUCCAGUUGUGGCCGUGGCAGUCGUGUUUCACCCGUGUGAUGUGAUUAAAUUUCCGUACUCAGUGUUACUUAUAAUGUUGGUGUGUUGUGGAAACUACACCAUAAUAGGUCAAUUUUUCUUACCUUUCUACAGUUUGAUUUAGUAUAGAAACAUCAGUAAACUUUAUAAUGACCACAAGUACUUCCCACGCUUGCGUGCUAUUGCUCUGUGUAACACCAGUAAAGAUCUGAUGAAAUUCAGCCACCAAAUUUCAGUGAGGUUCAAAAUAUAAUUUAUAGCCUAGAAACCAGGUGCCCAAUUUGGAUGUGAUUAGUUGAAUUGGCUUUAACUUGAAUUUGCUGAGCAAUUUGUAUGGAAACACCAGAAAGCAUUGAAUGUUUGUUGCAUAAGUACUGGGUUUUACAGAUUUUGUUAUUAAUCCCAGCCGAGUUCUGUUGGAUGCUGACUUUCUUAAUUUUUAUUUUAUUAGUUGCUUUCCAAAUCAGUAUAUUCUUGUUCUGUUUUAUUUGUUGUGCACACAAUUGUGUAUCUAGCCUUUAUUUAGUAUGAGAGAAAAAUUAGCAAAUACAAUUGCCUUGCACAAUGCAAAUAAUUGUACAGAGGCUAUAAGGAAUGUGACAUCAGGAGCGUGUUGUUCCAAAUUGAGAAAAACUGAGAAGGACUUGAGGGUAUUUUACCGCAUUUUUGGUUAUUGAAUCACUUAAUUUUCACGUGAAUAGUAAGUGUACAAGGAUAGUCAACAUUCAUUACCUGUCAAGUAAGUGGAUGGUACAUACUGGGGGUGUGAUUUAAUUAAUUAUCACAAGGGAGUCAACAUACAAAUAUUUUGUACAAACAUAACUUGGCAAUGACAAACAAAUAGUUGAUUUUCCACUUUAGCCAUACUAAAUAAAUUCUGGGAUGACUGACCAGGUUAAUCUCCUGAUGUAGAGAAACUCAUUAGGAUGGUCAAUUUAUAUAUUGUCCUUUGCAUCUCUGGACCUGGUUUGAUUUCAGCUGUGUUAAGAGAUACAAGUUUCUCCACCCAACUGACCAUGAGAGGCCUGUAUGCAAACAGUUUGGGAUACCUAAGAUGCUGCUUGGCCUGCUGUCUUUAUCCAGCUCUACACCUUGCUAUCUGGGACACAGCCUUUUUUUUGUUGUUAAUUAUGUAGUUAUAACACCAUAGUACAAAAAUGUUCUGAAAUUCAGUUGGCUGUGCAUAAAAAAUAAUAUUGAAAGAUCCUUUUAAGCCUUGCAUUUCAGUGACAUAAAUGAAGGUUCACUCUACAACUCUGAUUUGGGAAAACAUUGUUAAUCAUAGUUACAAAUUCAUGAUUCCAAUUUCUUAGUAAACACAUCCUAAACACAUUACAAAAGAUGUGUCAGUGAUGAUAUUUUGUAUCAUUGGCUAUAUAUAUAUAUAUAAUUGAUUCCUUCACAGGAUGUUGACUUCACUGGCUAGGCCAGCAAGUGUUGCUCAUCCCUACUUGGCUUUGAAAACCUGGUGUGCACCCAGCUUGAACUGCUGCUAUCUUGGGGGUAGUAGGUACACCCACUACAUGGAAAAGUAACCUAUUAUUAAAUCUAAGGAACUGGAUCAGGCUCUAAUUAGAAUUGAAUUUUGAGGACAGGUGAAUUAUACACUGCCCACCAUUGUUUUGAUCAGCUAUGCAUUUGUACAAGUCUGACCUGAAUCAGUGUUUUAAUACAGUAGAAGUUUUAAAGGAUACACAUCUCUUCCUACCCAAUCCAUUAUAGCCACAGAUAAUAAAUGUAAACUCUGUCCAAGAAUAAUUAUUUUGUCGUGAAGCAUUAUAAACACCUCAGUUACAAAGUAUCCUGACUUGUCAGAACACCAUUUUAAAUACCCUCUCUUUUUCCCUUUGCCUUCAUCUCCCAAGCUUGCUCCCUUCCAUACAGAAAGAAACAGGAGUUUAUUUGCCAUAUAGUAUCAGAAUUUCUUGUUUCAAACACUGGGGGGUGGAAAGAAAAUUAGCACAGCCAUUCACUACUGAACUGAUGGCAAAUUCCUCAAAAUCAUAUUUUCUAGAAUUGAGAUCUUUCUUCUUUUUAACCAUCCAGCAAGUUUAAAAAAAACACUUAGGAAUUAGGUUUUAGACUGAAUGCAGACAUUCUCAUUUGCUUAUGUAGUAUAAUUGAUGUUCAGGCUGAUGGAAUUCUUGUAAAAUUUGGAGAGAAGAGUAAAACAAAAACAACUGAAUCCAACUUUUCAGCACCUAUAGUACAUGUAAUUCUAUUUUCCAUCCAUGCUUGCAUCUUACAGUAUUGUGCGAUAAAAUGGGAUCAGUGGUGAUGCAGUGGAGUUUUCGAUAUUGUGCUAAUGAUAAGUUGGAUGAAGAAUUUUUGUAUGUGGUAAUAAUAAAAUAUAUUUAGACACUAUUCAUCAACUAAUCAAAUUCUAAUUGACUGAAAUAUGGAAUCUAUUAAAUCAAGACUGACUCCCAGUGAAUAUACCCUGACAGUCAAUUCCAUUUAUUAGCAGUACAUUUUCUAAGGCACUUCUUUAAUAGCCCAAGUUAUAUCCUUACAUUGUUCUCAUGCAAUGUGCCUGCAAAUAGGUAGGUCAGUAACAGGAUGUUAUCCCUUUGUUAUGACACCGGAACUAAAUAUAGUUAUUAACUAAAGCUUGUACUGAUGUCAAAAUUAAAACUCUGCAUUUGCUUAAUGUGGAAACAAUAACCCCAUUUUCUAGUUUCAGCUGCUAUCUCUGAAAUCUCUUUAAGGGAACUAUUCUGAAUUGGAUGAACUGACACAUUAAGAGAAAAUCCUGAAUAUCAGAGCUGAAAAUCUGUUUGAUAAAAACCUAGAUGCCAGAGUAUCUGAGUAGAGAAUAAACAUUAAACUAGAAUUUAUCAAGGGAAAGAAAGAAACCAUAAACUCUCCUGACUGGCUGAUACUAUUACUGUUUGAAAGAUACAGAAAGUGGCUCUAAGGUGGAGGUUUAGGAAGAAAGAGUGCCGAAUUCUCUUCAGUCCGAUAUUUACUUUACAUGGUUCAUUGCUACUAAUAGAGCUAAUCCAGAAAAUAUUCUACCCAUGAUGACCUUAUCAACUUUUGAACAAGCAUAUCCUUGGCCAAACAAUAAGGUGUAUGCAUUAGGAUAAUGGUGUUAAAUUGCUAAUUGGAUUCGACUUAGACCAUUGCGUCAUUCUAUUUUUCUUCCUUACAGCAUAUAACAUGUCAUUAGACUCUGUGCGCAGUGUUCUGUUCACUCUUUGCGCAGUGAAAAGCAAGUCUCUCAUUAUUUUCCAGUUGCUGAGAAAAGGCAAAAGAAUAACAUCUAAAGAAUGGGAUUUAUUUGUUUAAAUGAAUGAGCGUCUUCAUUUAAAGAAUUUGAGAAGAUAUUUUACCUUUGUGAAGAAAGAGUGCCUAUAUUUAUUUUUGUCCUCAGACUCAUUAAUCUAGCCAAUAAUCAGAUUUGUUUCACUCCUGGUACAUUCUGCUCAAGGACUUCCAUCAAAAUUUUCAGUAGUAUCAUGGAGAGAAUUCAUCCUUUUUUAUCAACAUGGGAGGGUGAGGAUAUGCCAUCUUAAAAGGUGAACAUAGACAAAAGUGCAGACAAGGUGACUGCAGUACAUUCUUUUUGUCAUUUUAGGAGCAAUGUGCACCUGUGGCAAAAAAAUUCUCUUCUCUUCUUCAGCAUCCAAUCAAUGGAAAGAAUAUGAAAAGAUUAUGUAGAUAAAACUGAUGUUUUUGUGGUCUCCUGGGAGGAAAUGUACAGAUAAUAUUUUUAACGGUAAAAGGUUUUUCAUGGCUCUUCUAGUUGAAUAGACCAUGCUUGGCGUAUCUAAUGUAUUAUAGGUGAGAAAAGGACUAAUCUAGUGCCGAUACAUACAUAAAUGACUAACAGAAAAAGAUGUGGUAUGAACGGUCCAAUUUAGUUUGCCAGCUUUUAACAUGUGGAACGUUACAAAAGGUGAAUUUCAAAACAAAACCAUAGGCUUGAUAAAUUCCUUUUGAAAGCCCAAUUUACAUUGCAUGGAAAUAAUGUAUGGAUGCUGUUGCUCUGGCAGCUUGCUGUUGCUUGAUUAAAUCCAAUCCCAAAUUGCUAAUAAUAAGUAUCAAAACUUUAUUAUUCUCCUCCACACCACUGCCAGCAGCUCUCACCCAAUUCCCCAUGCAUCCAUCCACAGAAUUUCUGGUAUUCCUUCUUUCAGCUCCAUUUUAAAAGCUGAAAGAGUUACAGUCCACGUGAAUUUUGGUCAGAUUUUGUCUACAAUUACAAGUCAAAGCCUACCCAAACAAGUAGACUAAUUCUGAUAAGUAGGUAUAUAUGCAGCUGACGAGAGUGAGCUGCCUGUAUUAUGUUUUAGUUUCAUCUAAAAUUCAGUGCAUUAAUUGUAAAUCACUCUACAGUCUAAGCAGCACGCACUUGAUGCAAAUGUACUCAUUCCUAAUCAUCAACUUUAAAUCUUUCUUGAAAUUAUUCAACCUUUUUUAUUCAUUAGAAAAUAAAAUUGUACAAAUGCUUUUUUUCAAGUCUGGAAAGUGUUACAUGCAGUUUUUUUUAAGUUGAAGUUCCAGUGCCGAUAAGAAUACAGUUGGUUUAUGCAGAGACCCACUGCCACUGAAAUCAUUCUCUUUGCAGUGGUGAUUCCCUUGAGCAGUUGAUCCAACUUUCUUUUAGUUUUUGUUAGUCUCCUCAAAUGUGGCCCCAAAAGCUGCAGUCUGGUUAUCCCGCCACCUAGAGUUCCCUAAUGGUGUUAGUACAAUAGGUGAUCAGAACUGAUUAGGUAUGCUAUCAACUAAAGUUAAGUAGCCCUGGAAACAUUUGACAUUCAUCAUAGAAUCAUAAAACGUACACUGUGGAAACAGGCCCUUUGGCCCAACAAGACUCGGAGCAUCCCACCCCGACCCCAUUCCCCUGUAACCUACCUAAUCUACACAUCCUUGAACACAAGGGACAAUUUACCAUGGCCAAUCCACCAGCCCGCACAUCUUUGGCCUGGGGGGGGUGGAAUCUGGAGCACCGAGGAAACCCACGUGGACACGGGGAGAAUGUGCAAACUCCACACAGACAAUCGCCCGAGGGUGGAAUCAAACCCAGGUCCCUGGUGCUGUGAGGCAGCAGUGCAAACCACUGAGCCACCGUGCUGCCCCAUUUUCUCUUGGUUUCCAUUUUAGUCUCAUCCAGAACUUCCACUAGUGCCCAUUUAGGGGAAGGGGAAGAAAAGCAGAAUAGUCUCAAUAUUUUUACCAACAAGUAUAAAGUUUAGUUAUCAGACAAAAUGUGCUCCCACUUAUUGUCAGUAGGAGUAUUGCACAUCCUACAGUUAACAAUUUUAUGAUGGAAAGUACUGCUGACCAGUUCAUUUAAGUCAAAACUUAUUUUCUCAACUUGCUUUAAUUUAUACAUGCCUUCAAUGUGAAAUAUCCACAGGCUCCUCACAGGAACUUCAACAAGCGAAAUCUGACACCAGACUACACAUGACAUUUAAGGAUGAGUGAGCAAAAGGUUGGUCAAAAAGAUAGGUUUUACAUAUCAUCUUAGGAUUUGAGAGAGUGAAAAUUCCAGCACUUCGGUUCUGGACUGCUGAAAGUGCAAUCGUACUAAUAGGAUAAAGAAGUCAGCACUUUUGGUUUCCUGUUAGGGCUGCAUCUAUAAUGGGUUAAGUAAAAUCGUUAAUGUUAUUUUCUGGGACUGAUUAACUAGGAGCAAGUGCCAGAAAAAUACAGUGCUUGGCAAGUAAGGAUUACUUGGAAAUCCUAAAUUAUAUAUUCUUGCUAUACUUCAAAAUUUAACAGUGGAUAGUAUUGCAAGAAGGGAUGCUCAAUUGUGAUGUAGCCUAGAAACCUCAUAGUGUGGUGAAAGAAGCCGAAACAUGUCAUAAGUCAAGUAUUAGAUGUAUGGAAAAAGUGAAAUGUUGACAUUGUCAAAAUAAACAUAUCCUUGGUUUUAAGUCUAAAUCAUCAUUAUUAAUUUAUUCACUUCCUGGGUAACUGGUGAGUGCAGGAUUUCAUUAUUGAAACCAAAAUAUUGCUACAUUGUACGUGAAAAUCUAACCAAAUAAUUAGGCAAUAUUGGUACAAUGCUGAUGCAUAUCUAUCUUACUGGUGUGUGAACAUGAGUAAGAAAGAUUAGGACCAAGAAGAAAAUUUUAAUAACUGUAUCUCUUUAAACUGUCAACUGCUCAGCUGUGCGUGGCAAAAAAAAGUUGCUUGGAGUAGAUGGUAAUUUUUGUCAAUUCACAUCAAAUUCUGCUAUUUGUUUUGGUUUGGGCAAUUAUGCUAAAUGUAGUAGAAAUUUUAUUCAGCUGAAAUUUAAUCAAAAAUCAUGAGUACCAAAUGUAAUUUUUAGAUUUCUACAUUCAAUUUAUGUACAUAUCUAUAAUAUGUAUGUGUAUAAUAUACAGCAUAUAUAUUAUCACUGCUUUUAGAAAUUGACAUUAUCAUGCAGUGUAAGUGCUAUUGGGCAUCAAUGAAAACACUGCAAGCUGUUAGUGUUAUGAACAAUUAUAAACAAAACCUACAGCAAGUUAAAUCACCAUUUGCAUUAUAUUUCUCAUACUUAAUGUUAUUACAAGGCAAUAAUUAAUCUUGGGGUUCUGAUGAUUACAAAAUAGUUGCGUUUUUUGUCUUGCCGUUCCUUGUUAUCUGGACCUCCUGAUUCAUUUCCUGUCUUGUAAUUUAAUUCCAAAAAUCCAUCAUUUUAAAAUAGUAGAAAGUGCUUAUGUAGCUAUGUCUCCAAAUAUUUUUGGAAGAAAUGGCAAUUGUUCUAAUUUCAAGUACUGUGCAAUAAUAUUUUGUACAAAAGUAUAAAGCAUCUCACUGAUUAACUAGCAAAAUAAGCUAUACAUUGUUAAUUGCAUUUCUAAUUUAGUGUCAUAGAAACAGGCAUCAGGGAGGGGCUAAGCCUUCAUAUUUAUGAAUGGUUACCUCGUAUUGGAACACAAGUUCAGAUUCUACUGACUUGCUUGAUUUAUUUUAAUCUUGGAUGGCUGCAGCCCAAUGAAGCCUUUAGCACAACCUCAUUUUAGAUAGCAUUCUAAAAUUUACUUUUUCUUUUGGACCUUUGCUUCCUUUAAAAUUUAACUAGUCAGUUUAAACAAAAGAAACUUGCAAUUAUGAAAAUUUUGGACUCGCCCAUCUAGUUUCCAUGUUCAAAAGUUUUUAGCCUGGACUAAUUAGGACUUUUAAAAUAGCUUUGUAAAUCUUCUAACAAACUAGAGUAAACCUCGUCUUUUAAACCUUUUCACUCACUUAGAUAGCAAGGUUGUACACAAAAUCAAUUGAAAAUUCUUUGUGUCCCUGAAUAAUUAUUCAGUGUUACCUCCCGCUAUGGGGAUGAAUGCAGCAACACAUUCUAUCUAGUCCUAAUUUUAUAUAUGAAGUAUAUGGAAAGAGGCAGGGGGAAAAAUCAUUUCACAAUUACCACCUAAGGUGCACCUUGCUUUUAAAAGCCUGCAGUAUUUCCAUAUUUGUGUUUUUGAAUAUUUUGUAAAUGUUUCCUCAGGAAAAUAAGGUGUUUUAAAUAAAAAGUUGGAUUAUGUGUACAUUUGAAUGAAGAAAGCUGGUUUAUUUGAAGAAGUAUAACUAAAUGCUGUAACUUCUCUGGCCUUGGAACUAACUACUCUGAAAUGUGCCUAUUGUUCCCUCAUCCUACACAUAUGCUUUCUAUCGCUCCUAGAUUGAACAGGGCACAGCCCUCUAUUGAUAUUCUGACAACCCUGAUGAGUUUUGUUUUUAUUUUUUGUCGAUCUCAGGACUGAAACUUCUUUGUGUAGAUAUUUUAUUUAUUGUUUCAUUAUUUUAUUAUUCGUUGACAUGAAAUAAAUAAA